AUGUCUUUCCUGCCCUACAACAACCCCCCCGUCGACCUCGGUAACGAUACCGUCAAUUGUUCCGGGCAGGGCGGGUGGCACCCAGACACCGGCGCCCUCGACGCCAACGACAGCGACAAGCAAGUCCAACUAGCCAUCGAGAACGUUGAUGUCGUGCUCAAAGCAGCUGGCCUUCGCGGUUGGGACGACGUGUACCUCCUGCGGUCAUACCACUGCGAUAUCCGUACAUCGUGGGCGCCAACCGCCGAGGCGCUGAAGAGGCGAAUCCCGGGCCACCGUCCCGUGUGGACCGCUGUUGCCGUGCCCCACCUAGCGUUCCCGGGAAUGCUGAUCGAGCUGAAGGUAGAGGCUAAGCGGCAAGAAUAG